AUGACUGGACCAGUAUUUUUGCAAUGGUUAAAACAUUUUCAAAAGUUUAUGAAGGCCUCAUCAGAUGAAAAGGUGCUUUUAAUUGUUGAUGGCCAUUCCAGCCAUAAGUACAUUCAUGGUCUGAUUUUCUCCAAAGAACAUGGUAUUGUUCUGCUCUGCUUGCCUCCUCACUGCACCCACCGACUGCAGCCCCUUGAUGUUUCAUUCUUCGGUCCCUUAAAAACCUAUUUCGAUCAAGCUAUAACCAAGUGGCUUAAGGCACACCCAGGCAGAGUUGUAACGCAAUUUCAAAUAGGUGCCUUACUUACUGAAGGAUAUGGAAAAGCUGCCACUAUUCAAAAUGCAACCAACGGCUUUUCUAAAACCGGAAUAUGCCCACUAAAUCCUGAUGUAUUUUCAGAAUACAUGUUUCAAGCAGCAGAGAGAACAAAUAUUCCAGAAUCUGAAGGUAAUAUAAAUAUAAAAAACACUAUAGCUGAAGAACCUUCCUCAGCACUAUCUCUACAAACUUCAAGCGGGAUGAGCAAUUUAAAGGACGUAACCAAUCUUAAAAAAGUAAUCUUCAGUACAUCAGAUCAACAAAAUAAAAGUUUACUUGCCGUUACUGUCUCCGAUCUGAGUCCCAUUCCAGUAGGACCAUUUAUCUCAGGCCAGGGAAAGAGGAAGCCGAGAAAGCAUCAGGGAACCACCGUGCUAAAUUCUACUCCAAAUUUGGAGGAAGCAAAAUCAAGAACUACACCCACAGUCGGAAACAAAAAAAGAGCUGCAACUAAAAAGGUAUUUGUUGAAACUGACUCUGAAUCGGAAAACAACCCAUUCUUAAUAGAAGACGACGAAGAUUUUACUUGCAUUUACUGUGUGGAAGAAUUUAAAAGGUCAAAGGCAAAGGAAAUUUGGCUGCAAUGUUGUUCUUGCUCGAAAUUGGCACACGCUGAGUGUGCUGGAGUCGACAAAAAAACUAAGAUGUUUAUUUAUGAACUGUGUUGCGAUAAUUAA